UCGCUUCAGUCUUCUAAUCUAAUGCAUGCUGGGACUGACCUCUGGCACGUGUAUGAAACCGGAACUUGCACGACCGUCAGUGUAAGUUUUGACAGGUAGACGAUUUUCAGAUAUAUUCACACGUGGAUCUGGAAACAUUCAGAAAACUGUCUUGCCCGAUGAUUAGCUGAAAAAAUAUACAAUGGAUAAAGAGAAUACAGAUGCGGUUAUAGGUCCCGAUGGACAGCCUAUGUCAAAGAAGGCAUUGAAGAAGCUUCAGAAAGAUGCAGAGAAGGCAGCCAAAAAAGCAGAAUAUAAGGCUGCUAACAAGACUGUUCAGCAGGAUGUUGUGGAGACAGUGGACGUGUCUAAGGGGCUGUAUGGAAACCUUCCCAUGAUCCAGUCAGUGAAGAAGCUGGACCCGGGUACAGAGUAUCUGGACGUGAAGGAUCUAACCCCCGCCCAGGCCGAUAGGAAAGUCUGGGUCAGGGCGCGGCUACAGACCAGCAGAGCUAAAGGGAAACAGUGUUUUAUUGUGCUACGACAACAGAAAUGGACGGUACAGGCUUUAGCUGCAGUAGGAGACAAAAUCAGCAAACAAAUGAUAAAAUUCAUUGCAAGUAUACACAAGGAGUCCAUUGUGGAUGUUGAGGGUUUUGUUAGAAAAGUGGAGCAGGGAGUGGAGUCCUGUACUCAGCAAGAUGUGGAAUUACAUUGUGUUCAGGUGUGGGUGAUCAGUUCAGCAGAACCACAGCUACCUUUACUGAUAGAGGAUGCAUCUCGCCCAGAAACUGAUGAAACAAGUUUAGCAAAAGUAAACCAGGAUACGAGACUUGACAACAGAAUUCUGGAUCUACGUACCACCACCAACCAUGCUAUAUUUAGAAUCACAGCAGGUGUGUGCCGGUUCUUCAGGGAGCACCUGGAUAGUCAAGGAUUCAUAGAAAUUCACUCCCCAAAGAUCAUCUCAGCUGCCUCGGAGGGUGGAGCCAAUGUGUUCAUAGUGUCCUACUUCAAGUCCAAAGCCUUUCUAGCUCAGUCUCCACAGCUCUACAAACAGAUGUGUAUAUGCUCGGACUUUGACAAGGUCUACACUGUAGGAGCAGUGUUCCGAGCUGAGGACUCUAACACCCAUCGACAUCUGACGGAGUUUGUUGGAUUAGAUCUGGAGAUGUCAUUCAAAUUUCACUACCACGAAGUCUUAAAGGUCAUAGGGGACAUGUUUAUCAACAUUUUCAAAGGUCUCAGAGAUAAUUUUAAAGAGGAAAUUGAAACAGUCAACAAGCAGUAUCCAGCCGAACCUUUCAAAUUUUUGGAACCAAGUCUGGUGCUGGAGUACCCGGAGGCCGUGAGAAUGCUGAGGGAGAAUGGAGUGGAGAUGGGAGAGGAAGAUGAUCUCAGUACCCCCGCCGAGAAACUCCUGGGGCGACUCGUCAAAGCCAAGUAUGACACAGACUUCUACAUUCUGGACAAGUUUCCAUUGGCCGUUCGACCUUUCUACACGAUGCCUGACCCCAAUAACCCGAAAUAUUCAAAUUCGUAUGACAUGUUUAUGAGAGGAGAGGAAAUUUUAUCUGGUGCUCAGCGAAUUCACAACCCGGCUUUCUUAGUAGAGAGGGCAGCAGAACAUGGCGUCAGUCUGGACAGUAUCAAGGCAUACAUUGACUCCUUUAAAUAUGGGGCACCUCCCCAUGCUGGCGGGGGCAUAGGUUUGGAGAGAGUCACCAUGUUAUAUCUGGGACUUGACAAUAUCAGGAAAACCUCUCUCUUCCCACGAGACCCCAAACGAUUGACUCCAUGAAGACACAGUUAUAGAUUUAUAAUUAAUUCUUCUGGCAACAUUGCAAUAUAGGCUCUGGUUCUUUCUACAGAAUGUUAUUGUUUUGUUAUGAUAUAUUUAAUGUCAAAUUUUACCUGGUAUAUAAAAAAGUGUCAGAUGGUCACAAGGAUAUGGUAUUUUCAUAGAUUGUCAUAUAAUGUAUCAUUUUCAGUACAUGCAUGUGCAUGAUAAUAGAUUCAAAUAAAGAUGAAACAUUUUUAUAUUCAUUUACAUGUAUUUUAAUAAUGUUCAAAAAUUAUAAAUAAGAAAUAAAAUUGGAGUUUUUUGA